CCGAGAGGACGGUGGCAUUUUGCACGAUUCAUAAUAAAACGUAAAACAAACCGAGAACUACCACAAUCUAUGAAAAGGUUUGCGGAAUAAAGUGAAAAUUCCUCUGACGGAUUUGUGCAUCAUUGGCGACUGCAUUAGCGGUAGUUGGGCGGCUCAUUCUACGAUACAAUUUCUACAUUCGGUUGUUACUGCGAUUGUCUCGUUGGCUAAAGUUGUGCUAUCUAAAUCAUCUCUUAGACAAGAUGAGUGACACUUGGCAACAUUUUGUCGAUUAUGGUAAGGCAGGAAAAUGCCGCUAUUGUCCAAAGAUGAUCGCGAUUGCAAAUAGAUCAACCUCAAAUUUAAGGCGACAUAUCAAAUCCAAGCAUCCUUCCAUUACACUCAAAAAAGCUGAACCAACGAGGACUUCACCUUCAACAUCAAGAGCCGUUGAACAAACUGAAUCUGAACCAGAUGUUUCUAUGAAUCUGAACUACAAUACUGUAAAUUUGCCCAGCGUUAUUGCCGAACCAUUAACGGCAAAGAAAGCAAGUCAAUUGGAUGAAGCCUUGCUGGAAACAAUUUGCCACGAGUGCCUUCCGUUUGACAUAGUAGAAGGAGAUACAUUUAAGGAAUUUAUCCGUUUGCUUAAUCCCAGCUACGAACUACCAAGCCGUAAAACUUUAUCGAACGGAUUGCUCUUAGAAAAUUAUGUAGGAGUGUUAGAUACGGUGACAUCAUGUGUGUUUAAAACAAAGUCCGUAGCUUUAACAUUAGAAAGUUGGACAAAUUAUAAUAAUACAAGUUAUACAGCAGUAACAGCUCACUACAUAAACGAUGAUUUUGAAUUAUGCUCUAAUUUGUUGCAGUGCUUCGAAAUUUCAAACCACUGUACGAGUCACGAUAUAGCAGAUUGGUUGAAAAGGGUGAUGAAAAUUUUCGAAAUUGACCAUAAAGUUCAGGCAUUUGUUACAGAUAAUUCGGCCAACAUGAAGGCUGCAAUAGAGGAGAUAAAUGUUUCGCAUCUUCCGUGCUUUGCACACACAUUGAACCACAUUAUUCAAAAGGCUAUCGAAACUUCUAUAAUCGGCACGGUCGACGAAAUUAGGCAGAUUGUCAAAUUUUUUAAAGAAAACAGCAGUGCAGGACAAAAAUUUGUUGAAACACAAAAUAAACUAAAUCUUCCAAAUUUGAAAUUGAAACAAAACGUUGCCACCAGAUGGAAUUCAACGUUUGACAUGAUUGAACGAUUUCAUAAAAAUAAAACCCCGAUACUGACAUGCUUAGAUAUCAUGAAUGUAAAAAAUAAUUUAACCAACAACGAUUGGACAAUUAUGGAACAGAGUAUGCAAGUUCUGUCGAAUUUUGAUCACGCCACCAAAGUGCUAUUGGCGGAAAAAUCUGCCAUUUUGUCACAGAUAGGGCUUCUGACACACAUACUUUUAAAAAAAAUUAAAAUGCUUUCAGAUGGUGGUAUGGAACCCUCAGUGAGAAAACUUAGGUCAUCUUUAGUCGAAGGGCUUUCAGAUAGUGGUAAGCCUUACAUUCAAAAUCAAUUAGUGUGCAGGGCUAUGAUUCUAGAUCCCAGGAUUAAAGGUCAUGUCUUUGAAAAUGAUGUGCAACUUUAUGAUGAAACGUAUAAAAGUAUAAUUGAAACGAUUAUACCUUUAAAAAUUCAAGCUACUUCAACACUUGAGUCAUUUAAACCAAAUUCGUUUGCGAGCCUUAACCAUCAGACGUUAUUUGAUGACUUUGCAACAAGUAUCAGAUGCGCUCAAAGCAGAACACCUGAAUUAGAAGCAAAAUUGGAACUCGAUGAGUACUUGAGAAUGAACUGCAUUGAAUUAAGCGAAGAUCCAUUUCUAUGGUGGAAAACUAAUGAAACCAAAUUCCCGGCAUUGUUUCAAGUAGUUCAAAAUAUAUUGUACAUACCUGCCACGUCAGUUCCAUGUGAACGCAUCUUUUCCAAAGCUGGGCAAAUAUAUUGCGACAAACGGUCGAAACUCUCGCCCAACCGCAUGUCAGAAGUCCUGUUCUUACAACAUAACAGCGUACAAACAGCUUAUGACGAUGAUGAUGAUGAUAAUAAUGAUGAUCAGUCCCACCUCAUACCACAGCAAUGGGUUGAGAGGAACGGAUUUACCUAUGACGCAUUAUAAAAUAAAAAGUGUCCUAUCGAAAUGUAACGCCUAUAAUUAUAUAAACAAGUUAAAAGUUUAGGAAAAUCCAAUAAGUAGUUGUCUGACAAACAUUGCCCCAUAAUAAUUUCUUAAUGACCUCAAGGGUGGUAAAUUCCCAAUACAUUUAACAUAAUUUACAAGCAUUAAAUAAUAUCUUAUCACUUACUAUUUCAGUUCCUAAUAACAAUCUACAAAGGCAAAUUUAGUAAGAAAAUUAUGUAAUAUGAUAUGUACACAGGAUUGCUAUUGCGAUAUAUAAGGUUCGGAAGAUGUGUAAGCAAGUAUAAACAAAUGUAAAAUAAUAUAACUAUAGUGAGGUACUCUUCUAUAGAAACGUGAGAAAUAGAAAUCAGUAAAUGUUCAUUAGUUUUAUGAUCUUGUAUUGUAUCAAUCCCGGUAUGCCAGGAAUGAGCUAAAUUGAAUUUAGAACAUGCCUUCCGAACUAUUCUAUUUACUUCAGCUCAGUUGGGGCCGGCAAUAACAAGAAAAGUCGUCGUGCUUAUAAACAAACAAAAAUAUUAUAGAAACAGUUAAUCUUUAACGUUCUUGGUACAGCUAUAUUCUUAGGAUUUUUUACAUUACAGAAAAAAAUAUUAUAAAUCGUUUAAUAGUGGAGAAAUAAUAAGGAAAUGCGAGCAAUUAAAUUUAAUUGACAUAACCUUACCUUACUUUCCUUAUUUGUCCAUCGUUUCCUACUCUCCUACUUUCUAUCAUUAUACUUUAGUUUUUAAGUUAGUUUUGUACAUUCUAUGGGAAAACAAAUAUAGUUAAACAUAUAAAU